AUGUCAACGACUACCACCGCAAUCGAGCUUCAACCUGCAGAAAAUGUCGCCGAGGAAAGACAAUCCAGAACCACCGCCCACCCGGUGACGAUAUCGCCAUCCGGCACGGAUGAGGUCAUGCAGGCAUCUCUCCUGGUAGACUCUCAGGUCCCCGAGGGAGGUUACGGCUGGGUCGUCAUCUUCGCCUGCGCGGUGAUCACCUUCUGGUUCGUUGGGACAACCUACUGCUGGGGGGUGCUUCAGGCGGCCCUGGUCGAGCAAGGCGUCUCAUCUCCGUCAACACUAGCUUUCGUGGGGUCGUUGACCACGGGCUGUAUCUCAUUCCUGGCUGUCCUGAAUGCAAGAGUCAUCCGCAAGCUCGGUGCCAGAACCACCAGCCUCCUGGGGGUUUUCUUACUAGGACUUGGUGAGGAGCUGAGUGGGUUCACGACCCAAAAUGUUGGCGGUUUGUUCACCACUGUUGGUGUUAUCAUGGGCGUUGGAGUAAGUCUGUGUUUCAUGGUCGUAUCCGUCACGCCCACUCAGUAUUUCAAAUCCAAACGGGGAAUCGCGAAUGGUAUCGUCUAUGCAGGGGGCGGAUUGGGUGGUGCCAUCAAUAGUUUCGUCUUGAACGGUCUGCUGGAGAGUCUAGGGACGGCAUGGACUUUCCGGGUCAUAGGUUUUAUUACCUUGGCGACAGGCCUACCUGCGGCCUACCUCAUCAAGGAGCGUGUCGCCAUCCGUCCCACUGCAUUUAUCGACUGGCGACUGUUUCGAGAUAUUCGAUUCAUCGUGCUCUUUGUCGCCGGGGCAGUCGCCACGUUCCCUCUUUUCGUCCCUCCGUUUUUCUUACCUCUAUACGCCAAUUCCCUUCGCCUGAGCUCCAGUGCGGGUGCUGGUCUCGUCGCAGCUUUCAAUUUCUCAUCUGCUGUGGGGCGGCUUCUUUGCGGCUUCAGCAGUGAUAAGCUGGGGCCUCUGAAUACGCUGUUCAUCUCCCUCUUGCUCACCGCAUUGAGCAUGCUGGUCCUCUGGCCGGUCUCGAUCUCUCUCGGACCGCUGAUCAUCUUUGUGAUCAUCAAUGGCAUGGCAAAUGGCGGAUUUUUCGCCACCAUGCCGACGGUGGUUGGCAAUGUCUUCGGUUCUGCCCGAGUGUCUGUCGCAAUGGGGAUGAUUGUGACUGGCUGGGGUGGAGGAUACCUUUUGGGUGCUCCGAUUGCCGGAUACCUGUUGAACGCCUCUGGAGGGCAGCAGAAGGGAAUCGAUGCAUUUCAUCCCGCCAUCUACUACGCUGGCUCGAUGGCUUUAGGGUCUGCCAGUCUCGUCGCGUUUACGCGACUGAAAACAGACAUUAGUUUGCGGAAGAAGCUAUGA